CCUGCAGCGGGGUAGGGAUGCGAUGGGCGUGAUCGUACAGGUGUGAGCCCAGUGUCCAGGAGCCAUGAUGCACGUGAAGAAGUACCUGCUCAAGGGCCUGCAUCGGCUGCAGAAGGGCCCCGGCUACACAUACAAGGAGCUGCUGGUGUGGUACUGUGACAACACCAACACCCAUGGCCCCAAGCGCAUCAUCUGCGAGGGGCCCAAGAAGAAGGCCAUGUGGUUUGUGCUCACCUUGCUCUUCACCUCCCUCGUCUGCUGGCAGUGGGGCCUCUUCAUCAAGACCUACCUGAACUGGGAGGUCAGCGUCUCCCUCUCCAUCGGCUUCAAGACCAUGGACUUCCCCGCCGUCACCAUCUGCAACGCCAGCCCCUUCCAGUACUCCAAAGUCCAGCAUUUGCUGAAGGACCUGGACGAACUGAUGGAGGCAGUCCUGGAGAGGAUCCUGGGUCCCGAGCUCAGCCAGGUCAAUGCCACCAGGACCCUAAACCUCUCCAUCUGGCACCACACGCCCCUGGUCUUUAUCAACGAGCAGAACCCCCACCACCCGGUGGUUCUGGACCUGUUUGAGGACAACUUCAAUGGCUCAGCAAGCAGCAGCCCGGCACCAGGAAGGCCCUGCAGCGCCCACAGGUGCAAAGUAGCCAUGAAACUAUGCAGCCACAAUGGAACCAUGUGCACCUUCCGGAACUUCAGCAGCGCCACCCAGGCCGUGACGGAAUGGUACACCCUGCAGGCCACCAACAUCUUCGCACAGGUUCCAAACCAGGAGCUGGUGGCCAUGGGCUACCCCGCUGAACGGCUGAUCCUGGCCUGCCUGUUCGGGGCAGAGCCCUGCAACUACAGGAACUUCACGCCCAUCUUCCACCCUGAUUAUGGCAACUGUUACAUCUUCAACUGGGGUAUGAAGGAGAAGGCCCUCCCUUCAGCCAACCCCGGAACUGAGUUUGGCCUAAAGCUGAUCCUGGACAUGGGCCAGGAAGACUACGUGCCCUUCCUCACGUCCACGGCCGGCGCCCGGCUGAUGCUUCACGAACAGAGGUCGUACCCCUUCAUCAAGGAAGAGGGCAUCUACGCCAUGGCGGGGAUGGAGACAUCUAUCGGGGUGCUCGUGGACAAGCUGCAGCGCAAGGGCAGGCCCUACAGCCAGUGCACCAAGAACGGCUCUGACGUCCCCAUCCAAAACCUUUACAGCAGCCACAACACGACCUACUCCAUCCAGGGCUGUAUCCGCUCCUGCUUCCAGGAGCACAUGAUUCGGGAAUGUGGUUGUGGCCACUACCUGUACCCGCUGCCCCACAAGAGGAAAUACUGCAACAACCAGGAGUUCCCGGACUGGGCCCAUUGCUACUCUGCCCUGCGCAUCAGCAUGGCACAGAGGGAGGCCUGCAUCUACGCCUGCAAGGAGUCCUGCAAUGACACUCAGUACAAGAUGACCAUCUCCAUGGCCGUCUGGCCUUCCGAGGCCUCUGAGGACUGGAUUUUCCACGUCUUGUCUCAGGAGCGGGACCAAAGCAGCAAUAUCACCUUGAGCAGGAAGGGGAUUGUCAAGCUCAAUAUCUACUUCCAAGAAUUCAACUAUCGCACCAUUGAAGAGUCAGCAGCCAAUAACAUCGUCUGGCUGCUCUCGAACCUGGGCGGACAGUUCGGCUUCUGGAUGGGGGGCUCGGUGCUCUGCCUCAUCGAGUUCGGGGAGAUCAUCAUCGACUUCGUGUGGAUCACCAUCAUCAAGCUGGUGGCCCUCGCCAAGAGCGUGCGGCAGAAGCGGGCCCAGGCUCGCUACGAGGGCCCACCACCCACCGUGGCCGAGCUAGUGGAGGCGCACACCAACUUUGGCUUCCAGCCGGACUCAGCCACACCUGGCCCUGACACGGGGGCCUACCCGCAUGAGCAGAACCCGCCCAUCCCGGGCACCCCACCCCCCAACUAUGACUCCUUGCGCCUGCAGCCGCUGGAUGUCAUCGAGUCUGACAGCGAGGGUGAUGCCAUCUAGAGCCUGCCCUGCCCCUCCCUGUGGGCCAAGAAUUCAAACCUGAGCAGCUGAGACAUCGCCCAAGGCUAGAGUCCAGGUCCCUCCACAGUGAGGCCGGCAGCUCUUGGCCAGCCCCAGGCUGAGGGCUCCGAGGGGUCACGGUGCUGGUAUGGAUAUGGGAACUGUGUUCCUGCCCACACCCUCAACCUGACCCAACCCUUGGCCUGGGAUCCGAGACCCAAAGCACUCUCCCCUGGAGGCAGGCCACUUCCCUCCCAGUGACAGUCACCGUCUGCCCCAGAGAUGAAGGCAGGCAGACAGACACACUGUGCCCUCUGAUCCAGAAGGAGCCUUCUUUUCCUCCUGCCUCAGCUGACCUGGUGAAUGGAUUGAGUGAGGGUAGAGUUGAUGGAGAGCAGGCAUGAGGGUCUUGCCAGGCGGCACAUGUUUUGUUCUGGAAAAUAAAAGUGGAAAACAUAGA